CCUAGGGUCAGUUACCCCCCCCCCAGCUCCCCAAAGCUCCCUGGGCCCCCUUUGAGCCCUCUCCAGGAGGCCUGUGGUUCCUGCUGGCGCCUCUGGUCUGCACACCCACAGCUCCCCUCACUGCACUAAUGGCUCAGCCUGGGGCCCUAGGGACUCCCCCGCCCCCUAGACUACUCUAACCCCCCUGGCCCCCUCUGCUGAAACUCAAUCCACUGCGGCAGCUCCACUCACUGGCUGGGCAGAGCUGCCUCCAAUACAGGCAUCCUGCGGACUAGUGUGGAGAGUUCUCGCCUGGAGCCCCGGUCAGGCCCCCUGGACCUAGCUGGAUAAGCCGAGCACCACAUUCUCUCAGGCCAGUGCCAUCUGCCUCUCUGUCCUGGUUCCCUGCCUCUCCUCACCCCACCUGGCCGCCCGCAUCCUAUACCUACCCCAUUCCAGUGUCUGUCUUCAAGGUUCCUGUCUCUCCUCCCUGGUCCCCUCAGGCUUAGCAUGAAGCCUCCAGUUGCACUGGAAGAAGCCCCGAGGCGCCAGGCCUCAGACAUUCGAGUGUUCGCCAGCAGCUGCACUUUGCAUGGGCUGGGCCACAUCUUUGGCCCAGGGGGCCUGACACCGCGUCGGGCACUGUGGGCUGGAGCGGUGCUGCUUUCGCUGGCCGCCUUCCUCUACCAGGUGGUGGGCCGGGUGCGCUACUAUGGCGAGUUCCACCACAAGACCACCCUGGAUGAGCGUGAAAGCCACCAGCUGACCUUUCCGGCUGUGACUCUGUGCAACAUCAACCCACUGCGUCGCUCCCGCCUCACGCCCAAUGACUUGCACUGGGCUGGCCCCACACUGCUGGGCUUGCAGGCCGCCCACCACGCUGCCUUCUUGCGAGCCCUGGGUCGGCCACCUGCACCGCCCGGCUUCAUGCCCAGUCCUACCUUCGAUGUGGGGCAACUCUAUGCCCGUGCAGGGCACUCCCUGGAGGACAUGCUGCUGGACUGUCGCUUCCGUGGCCGACCGUGUGGACCUGAGAACUUCACUGUGAUCUUCACCCGGAUGGGGCUGUGCUACACCUUCAACUCUGGUGCCAAUGGGGCUGAGCUGCUCACCACCCCCCAGAGUGGGGCAGGCAAUGGGCUGGAGGUGAUGCUGGAUGUGCAGCAAGACGAGUAUCUGCCAGUGUGGAAGGACACAGAGGAGACUCCGUUUGAGGCAGGGAUCCGGGUGCAGAUCCAUACCCAGGAGGAACCCCCCAUCAUUGACCAGCUGGGUUUCGGGGCACCCCCUGGCUACCAGACUUUUGUGUCUUGCCAGCAACAGCAACUCAACUUCCUGCCACCACCCUGGGGUGAUUGCAGUUCUGUUCCCCUAAACCCUGAUUUUGAGCAGGAUCCUUCUGACACCCUGGGUCCCCCGAACCCUAGCCCAGGGCCUAGUCCUCCCUACAGUCUAAUGGGCUGUCGCCUGGCCUGUGAAUCACGCUUCGUGUCUCGGAAGUGCGGCUGUCGCAUGAUGCAUAUGCCGGGCAGCGCGCCCGUGUGCAGCCCGCAGCAAUACAAGGACUGUGCCGACCAGGCGCUAGAUGCCAUGCUGCGCAAGGACUUGUGUGAUUGUCCCAACCCCUGCACCAUGACGCGCUACGCCAAGGAGCUCUCCAUGGUGCGGAUUCCCAGCCGUGCCUCCGCGCGCUACUUGGCGCGCAAGCUCAACCGCAGUGAAGCCUACAUCGCGGAGAACAUUCUGGUGCUGGACAUCUUCUUUGAGGCCCUCAACUAUGAGAUGGUGGAGCAGACCAAGGCCUAUCAAGUGUCGGAGCUGCUUGGCGACAUCGGGGGUCAGAUGGGGCUGUUUAUUGGGGCCAGCCUGCUCACCAUCCUGGAGAUCCUAGACUACCUCUGUGAGGUCAUCCUAGACAGAGUCCUGCGGUAUUUCUGGAGGCGGAACCGGAAGCACUCCCCAAGGCAUUCUAGCACCAAUUUGCUUCAGGAAGGGUUGGGUGCCCCUCGCACCCAAGUGUCCCACCUCAGCCUAGACCCCAGGCCACCCACCCCACCCAGUGCCAUCACCAAGACUCUAUCCGCCUCCCACCGCACCUGCUACCUUGUUACGCGCCUCUAGACCCUGUGGCUACUGCCAAGGACUUUUCUUGACACCCUUCCCACUAAUCUGCACGUGUCUUUGCCAUCUUCAACCUAAAUAAAGCUCCUGCAUCUGC